AUGCAGUUCAAUUUCGUUCUCUUCGCCGCCCUCCUCACCCUCGGCGUCUCGGCCCAGAAGAGCGGCCCCAACGGCAAGCGCAUCUGCGUCGGCGGUGCUAUCUCCUGCGAGUACCAGAAGGGCCGCUGCGCCAACAUUUGCAAUGACUCCCGUGUCAAAGGCACCGGAACUCCUGCUUUCAUCGACCCUGACUGCUCGUGCCCUGCGGGCCAGGCCGACAACAAGUACACCGGCGCCGCUUGCAUUGAUGUUUUCCGCGCCCUUGGUCGCUCAGGCUGCUAG